AUGGGUGACCGAGAUCGAAGCCGGUCUCCUCGCCGGCGUGACACCCUCGACCGAGAUCGACCAAGGAAGACGGGUGGCUUCCGCUGGAAAGAGAAGAGGCGCGACGAUGAAUCUCGCGACAAUGACCGCCGCCUAGAUCGUGGAUACAGAGACCGAGGUGACCGCCCUCGUUCACCUCGGAGGGAUCGCGAUGGAGAUCGUCCCGGAGACCGACACAGAGACGGUGAUCGUGACCGUGACCGUGAGCCCCGACGACGUGACGACCGCGACGCGCCCCGGGAAGACCGCGAGAAAAAGGUGGAGAAGAAGGAGAAAAAAGAGAAGAAGCCAGUUGCACCGCAGUCAUCUGAGCCCAUGAUCGUCGUCCAUGUGAAUGACCGUCUGGGUACCAAAGCUGCGAUUCCCUGCUUAGCCUCAGAUCCGAUCAAGCUCUUCAAGGCCCAAGUGGCAGCCCGAAUCGGUCGCGAACCCCACGAAAUCAUGUUGAAACGCCAGGGCGAACGUCCUUUCAAGGACCAGUUGACGUUGGAGGACUAUGGCGUGAGCAACGGAGUACAACUUGACCUGGAAGUUGGAACCGGAGAUUAA